AUGCCUGCAGGCAACCCAAAAUACCAGGGGAAUACAGAGGGUGGUAGCCUCCGAGUCCGGGACGUCAACGGAUCUCGCACGCCCCAAACAGCACCGUUCUACUUAGAACCCCCAGUAUGGGUUUCUGCUUUUGGUUUGAGAUCUCCCGCCAUUUGCAAAAUCCCAGGGAGACCAAUGAGGCCAUUGGGUGCCCAGCCAUGCUUGAAGGCAGCUCUUAUGGGGUCUGGGGUAAAAUGGUUAGACGUAGAGCCGGGGAGGAUAAGGCAAGAGAAUGAGGGAAGGGGUCACGCCCAAGAACUUCGGGAGGUGGUGAUGGCGAGAUCUUACUCAAGGACCCGGAAGGAAGGCAAAGGAGUCCUCUGUAGCCUUCCCGAGGGACCCUCUGUCUUCCUCUGGGCGAUCCUGCUCCUCCUGACAUGGCCGUCCUUCGUUGCUACGACAUCACCUAGUGGUAGCCUGACGGUGAUAUACGAACCGGAGGGGGGCGAUCGCUUGCAGACCCUCUUCUCCUUGUCCUGUCCCCCAGAGGCGGAGCUCCAGCCUUGCAAGUUUCAGCUCUGCGGUCCAGAGAUUCACGUUAAAUGUGAGAACAGUGUCUUGGACAAAGUGAUGAGAGCCCUGGAGACGCUCAUGAAGAGGGUCCUAGUCAUUGUCAUUGAGGAACUUCAUCUCGUGGGAAACCGCAUCCACGUCCUUCCAGCUCGAGUUUUCGGAUCUCUGCAGAUGAACAAAUUGUUUCUGAUCAACAAUGAACUGGUGGGCAUCAAUCGCAAUGCCUUUGCCGGACUUGAGUCGUCCCUCCAGCACAUUAACAUCACAGACCCUGAGCUUUUCAAUAUGCCUUUUGAUGCUUUUGAUAAUUUGACCAAUCUGAGAACUUGCGUGUUGGAGAACACAGAUAUCACUGAAAUACCACGGCUCUAUUCUCUGUCAAAGCUAGAGUUCCUGAAAAUUGAUGGCUCGCGGGUCGCGAACAUCCCAUCUGCAGCUUUCAGGUUUAUGCCCAACAUGAUAAAAGUUCAUAUCGCAAACAGUCGGUUGAAAGAGAUUCAUGGCAAUGCCCUAGAAGGCCUGGUUUACUUGAAGGAAGUGAACUUCUCCAACAAUGUCAUUGAUUGGAUUCACCUGAGAGCAUUUAGAACUCUGACCACACUGGAGCAGUUGACACAGUCUGGAAAUAACCAGGUCGAUGUUACCAUGGCAGUCCUGGCUGUCGGGGACCUCAGCUACAACAAAAUUACAGAGCUUGCAAAGGGUACGUUCGUCGAUAUGCCAACUGUGCAAGUGAUUAACCUCAGCUACAACCAGAUUUCGAGAAUAGAGCAUGGGGCGUUCUAGCUCAAUGAAUUUCAUGCAGACAUCUUCACAGAAUCCACCACGAUGGAGCAUCUCAACGUAGCAUAGAACAACCUGACCUUUUUGGAGGAGAUGUUCUACACUGCACGCGCACUUCCGAACUUACAGGGCCUGGACGUCAGUAGAAAUCGACUGACAUCAGCCAGCUUUGAGAACUUCAGAGGUCACAGAAAGCUAGAGGCUUUAAAGCUGAAUCAUAACAAAGUGGGGAAGAAGAAUAAGGGAAUGUUUAGAGAUCUGCCUAAUCUGAGAGAACUAUACAUGAGUCACAAUUCCAAAAAUUCUUAUGAAGUUCAGGUCUGGAAUCUUCCCGUACUGAGAGUUCUCGACAUCUCUCGCAAUGAUUUAAAAAUAGUUGAUGCCCUUCUCCUCGAGGGAAUCUCACAGCUCAGUACCCUUGACUUAAGCUUUAAUAUGAUUGCUAAUAUUGGUGAAAACACUUUCACAGGUCUCAGUUACUUGGAAAAUCUUAACAUGUCAUUCAACAGUAUAACAAAGAUACCUAAAAAUGCUUUCUCUGAUCUUGGAGAGCUCUUUGAAUUAGAACUAAGUUUUAAUGAACUGAUGUCAUUAGAAAAUGGGAUGUUCAAAGGUUUAACCUCCCUGCAGUAUUUACAAACACACAACCAAAUAGUGACCAUUGAAGAGGACGUGUUUUUAGACACACCAAACCUGAAGUUCCUGGAGUUGUCUUCAAAUUUUGUACAAAAUAUUCCCAAAGAAGCAUUGACAAAGCUCACUUCACUAUUUAUUCUCAAACUCGGUCAGAGCGUCAUAAACAAAAUUCCAGAGGGACAUUUAUCUUGGUUAAGGAUUGUGGAGCAUUUGGACCUUUCUAAAAAUCACAUUCAAACACUGAGUGAAACUGCCUUUCGAGACAUGAGUGUGCUUAGGGAUCUAGAUUUGAGUGCUAACUUCAUCCAGUCACUGCAUCCUGACAUGAUUUCCAUCACAAAACUCCUCGAGAAGUUAAAUAUUAGUCAUAAUUACAUCUCGCAUCUGGGUGAGAGUACUUUCACCAAUUCCAAACGUCUGAUAAUCCUGGAUAUUACCAACAAUUCUCUAAUUGAACUAGGUGAGGAAGUACGUGGCCUCCCAGCCCUGCAGGGCCUAUUCAUGAGCCACAACUACAUAAGCAGUUUUGAAAACACUACAUUUCAGGAUCUUCCCAACUUGAGCGUCUUGAAAUUCGAUAACAAUGGCUUGCAGACCUUUGAGCCUGGAACAUUUUCUGAUAUGUCCUCCCUUGUAUCUCUUGACCUGAGGAACAACAAUUCAGUUGAACUGAAUCCUGAUUCAAUCAAGUCGCUGCGUGCACUCAAGGAACUUCAGAUCAGUAAGAACCAGAUAUCCGUUGUGAAGGACUUUGCCUUUUCCGACCUCUCUUCUCUGUGAAGUUUAGAACUGCAAGACAACGUCAUUACUGACAUAGGAGAUCACGCCUUCCUGAACAUGCCUUCUCUGAACUUCUUGAACCUGAGCCAUAAUGGUUUGCAGGAGGUUCCAUCAGAUGCUUUUGCCAGGCUGCCAUCUUUAGAUGUCCUAGAUAUGAGUGGGAAUUAUCUCCUCCACAUAAGAGAUGACAGUUUUUGCUGGCUUGAAUGGUUGACUGUCUUAAUGCUACACGACAAUGACCUAUGCCGGCUGUCAGAUGGAGCAUUUGCUAAGCAGAAGGCCUUGAGAGUCCUCACCCUCAACAACAAUCAGCUGAGACGCCUCCACCUGAAGGCACUAAGGAACACCAUCACUUGCCUCUCGCUCCUUCAUAUGAGUGGAAAUCCAUUCAAAUGCGACUGUGAGUUAGUGUGGCUAAAGGAAUACCUCAAUGAAGACCCUGAUGACUACAGAAUUCCAAGGACGGCCAUCUUAGGGGAAUCCCUGAAGGGCAUCCCUGUUUGUGCCUCACCUUCCGAGUACGAAGAAGAAGAGAAACACUUCGCCCAAUUUCAAUUAGAGUCCCAAGUGCUACUCGAGGAACAACUCACCUACGCAAAGUAUUCAAGAUUCAACUUCCACAACUCCCUCCUCCUCCCCCACCCCGACGACGACUUCGUGAAGCCAGCCAGCUCCUCCGGCUUUCCUGAGCCGCGGGAUUCCGUGAAGAAUCAGAGACUCAAGAAUCCCGGCGAAGGCUCCGAAGAAACCGAAAGCGACUGA